CACCACCUCUCUCUACCUCUUCAACCCAGCUACCCCCCAAACAACACUCUUCAGACUACCAGAAACAGACCCAAUUGCACGCUACAAAUCAUGUCUAGCAGCAUCCCCACCUCGACCUUCGUCAGCGAGUCGGCCGUCAUCGAGGCGCCCUUCUCUGCCGUUUGGCAUCUCAUCAAACUCCAGGACUUCAGCAAGUUCUGGUCCAAGCUCGACAAGAGCGAGUGGGUCAAGGGAGCCUCUGAUGAGACCGAUGUCGUCAAGUGGACGUUCAAGGACAAGACGGUCCUUGAGGUGAAGCAGGAGGAGCAUUCGUCUAUCGACCACUUCAUCACAUACAGCGUCAUCUCGUCCCAGCCCGAGCUCUCGUACUCGUCUGCCGUCUCUACCAUCCGAGCGUACCCCGUCACUUCAGGCAAGCACGAGGGACAGACGUUCGUCACAUGGACAGGAAACUUCUCCAGCGACGCCGAUGCGAGCGUGAUCCAGGAUGCCAAGUUCAAGCGUCGCGAGGCGCUUGCCGACCUUGCCCAGGCCGCUUCCAAGAAAUAGGUUGACGGAUAGUGUCACAGCGAGGGAUAUCCAUCACCCUAGGGCGAUUAUGUGCACUUGCCUUGUUCUAUACCACAAAAAGAAAAGUAGAAAUUCAUAAAAUGAUUAUGUCUCACGCAAUGCGUGCUUUGCGGUCCCCAG